AAUUGAUACCAAUGUUUUAUUAAUUGAUUAUGCUUCGCAGGCUACGUACCCUUGUGACAUCCGAAAGGGGUUCAACGGAUGAAGUGGAUACCCGGUUAUCGCAAAGUAUGCCGAUAGUCCCUACGGUGGUUAGAGACAGUCAGACGUCCACGGAAUCAUCGGAGGGUCGUGAUGACAUUAUCAAGUUACAUGACGGUCAUUGCUCGGCCCCCAAUGUCCUGGAGUGGCAUGGCGAAGAACAAGUGGAAAACCCGGCACCCUGUACUCCCGAAACCACAAGAGAUACCUCCACCACGGCCUCUUCGACUUCGCAGCACUCCGCACCAGCCAAUAUGCAACCGCGAGCCCCGUUCCACAUGCGAUUUUAUCAAGGUGGGGUACGAAAACGGCACAAGAAAUUUGUCAAAUGGCUGGGUCGGUGCGGCUUUAUAGCCAAAGGCAUUGUCUAUGGCACCAUUGGUGUACUGACAUGUACCAAUGUCACGGGGGCAUGGACGCCGAAUGGCAGCCAGCAGAAUGAAUCGCCUCAGGGAGCAUUUCUGUUACUAGGCGGCAUUCCUACAAUUGGACGAUCCGUGCUGGUGGUCAUGGCAAUUGGUCUCAUUACUUAUAUUAUCUGGCGUUUCUGGGAAGCGUUUACUGGACAAGGCAGCGAUGCUUCAUUUGGCAAGAAAAAAAACUUUUUUCGGUAUCGGCUAUCACCGUUUGUCAGUGGCUGCGUGUACUCGGCCUACACGUACUAUGUGGUUAUGAUGAUCUUUGAAACGUCUGCGGACCAGCAAAACCUGGCUUCAAGCAAAACGUUUCCUGCUUCUUGGACGGAUUCAGCAUUGGGAAAGGCCGGUAUCAGUCUGCUGGGUAUCGCAUUUAUUAUUGCUUGUAUCACGCAAAUCAUCAAUGCCGUCACUGGCAGCUUUAUCAAUGAUUUGAAAACGUCGGAGCCUAAUGCUCGGCGGUGGGAAGCGAUCAUUGUGCACACCGCCGGGCGCAUUGGGUUCGGAGCUCGUGCGGCCGUCUUUGGAUCCAUGUCCGGUUUCUUUUGGGACUCGCUAGCUCAACGCAACGAAUCGGGACAACAGAACAUGGUGGCAGCGGCGAUCAACAAAUUGGCGACUAACAAAGGCGGGAAAUUUUUCAUGAUCAUUAUGGGCGUAGGCUUGGUUGACUACGCUUUAUUCGCCAUCUCCAAUGCCUAUUAUAAAUACUUCCCCACCCCACCACCGACCAGACGAGGUAUCUAUGAAAACGAUGAUCCAAACUCAGAACUGAAUCGCACCAUGUCCUUCAUCUCGAAUGAAUUGUCGUUGGACAGCCACGAAAAUGAAGACGAGGAGAAACACGACGACGAGAAAGCGUCACGGCAUCCGAAACUGCACUCCUUCUUUCAAAAGUCCAAGCAGUCAACCGAAUCUUGGUAUCAAAAAAUACGAUCAUGCUUUCGAAAACCCGAGCGUGCAACUGAUCCUGAAAAACAGGACAGUUGAUUCUAUCCAUAUAAAAUAAUACAUACCCCUUCAAUAUUAUCCAUGGAAAAAAAAAAGGAAAAAAAGGACAGCCUUUCUACCGAUGCCGUAUAUAAAUACCUAGUAUUAUGAACAUAUCUGUAUAGUAAUUUGUAUCUCCUCAUCUUAGAUAUAUCAAUAAGAUCCACCAUCGUUGUAUCAUAUUGUUAUACCAUUUUGCAUCCCUGAUGUUGAAGGGCAGAAUCGCCCAGGUGCGAAAAAGCGAGAGACCAAAGACGGAGUGUGAAAAUUCUUUGAGGGAUGAAAAAACAAGAAGGGGACGUGUCUUUUUUCCUGGUUGUCAG